AUGGCAGUGAUCUUGUUGAAUAAAGACUUUGCAUCGUCUAAGGAUCCAAAUAUUAUGAUUUACACGAAGCUAAGGUGGAAAUUAAUCACGACUUGGUUUAAUAUUCUAACUAUACCAUACAUUCUUUUGUGUAUUUACUGCGACUGGCACGAACUCACAAAAGCAAAUGUUCCGCAUAUAAAGACGAUAAUGAAUAUUAGAAAUUUUUAUUUCACCAAUCUUAUCCUGCCAGCUACCUUGUUCCCAGACGUCUUAUUCUGGAACUUAUGGUAUACGAACCGAGAGCUAUUGAUGCCACUUUCUGUCGACAAGUACGUGUCGUUGUGGGAGCAACAUAGCAUGCAUACAGCUUCGCUAGUAUUCGUAAUAUUGGACCUAGUAUUGGUUCCUCGACAAAAACCUAGCAAUUAUAGAUGGGGCAUUAUCAUCCUCUCUACAUACUUAUGCGCCUAUAUUUUAGUGUGUCUUCAGAGUCUUUUAAAAGAAGAAUACGUAUAUCCAGGUCUCAAGAUGUUUUCAACGUUUCGACUAAUUCUAUUAGGUAUAUAUUUUUGUAUGGGCCACUACUUCUACUAUUUAGGCCAAUGGUUUGUUAUUGAUUUACUUUGGGGUCAAAAAUGUAACGUCAAGGGGACGGAUUGA